UGAGUGUGAGCUGCCGCUACCGUGGUCCGCGUAAUGCCGAAGGCCAAGGGCAAGACCCGGAGGCAGAAGUUCGGUUACAACGUCAACCGAAAGCGUCUGAACCGGAAUGCUCGACGGAAGGCAGCGCCGCGGAUCGAGUGCUCACACAUCCGACAUGCCUGGGACCACGCUAAAUCGGUGCGGCAGAACCUGGCUGAGAUGGGGUUGGCUAUGGACCCCAACAAGGCGUUACCCUUACGUAAGAGAAAGGUGAAGGCCAUGGAGAUGGAUGUAGAGGAGAGGCCGAAGGAGCUUGUGCGGAAGCCUUAUGUGCUGAAUGACCUGGAGGCAGAAGCCAGCCUUCCAGAAAAGAAAGGAAAUACCCUGUCUCGGGAUCUCAUUGACUAUGUGCGCUACAUGGUGGAGAACCAUGGAGAGGACUAUAAGGCCAUGGCCCGAGAUGAGAAGAAUUACUAUCAAGAUACCCCAAAACAGAUUCGGAAUAAGAUCAACGUCUACAAACGUUUUUAUCCAAUGGAGUGGCAAGCCUUCAUCGAUUCUUUGCAGAAGGAUAAGAUGGAGGUUGAGUGACUGGUUUAUAUUAUAUCUGCCCCAUGCAGAGCCUUUUCCUGGACCAGUGAAGCUGGAGCCAGGGUUUAACGCAAGGAGGGGUGUGUACCUUCAGAAGGGUUGGCCAAAUCAUGGAAUCAGGUCACACACACUCCCCCCUCUGUGGAAGGAACUCUCACAGGUUCCAAUUUAUAUUCUUCUGGGGGCUCAUGGAAAAGCCAGAACCUGUUUUCAGAGUGGGUAGUUUAUCUGAAUAUAAUCUGUACAUAAUAAAUCAAAGAUAUUUUA